CCGCAAAUGUAAUUGCUAACAUCCUCUUGAGGUGUCCUGACUCCUGGCGCGGCAGACGAGCGACCACCGAACCAGCGACCAAACCCGGACAAAAAACCUUUGCCGUGCCGUGAACACCAUGUCUUCCAAAUGCCCAAAAUGCGAAAAGACGGUGUUUUUUGCGGAGAAAGUGUCCUCUUUAGGCAAGGACUGGCACAAGUUCUGUCUGAAAUGUGAGCGCUGCAGCAAGACUCUGAACGCUGGAGGCCACGCUGAGCAUGAGGGAAAGCCUUUCUGCCACAAACCAUGCUAUGCUGCACUCUUCGGGCCUAAAGGGGUGAACAUUGGCGGAGCCGGCUGCUACGUAUACGCCGCUCCCAGUGUGGAGGGCCCUGUGGCUGUUACCACGGAACCCAAAGCGGAGGAGAGAAAAGCUCCUGUGCGGGGACCGGUGAAAGCUGCCAGCUUCUCUGCCGUCACAGAGGGGCCCAACGUCUGCCCCCGCUGCAACAAAACAGUUUACUUUGCUGAGAAGGUGUCCUCUCUGGGGAAAAACUGGCACCAGCCAUGUCUGCGCUGCGAGAGAUGCAGUAAGACGCUGACGGCGGGUGGUCACGCCGAGCACGAGGGGCAGCCAUAUUGCCACAAACCAUGCUACGCUGCGCUGUUUGGACCAAAAGGUAUCCGUCCAAAAUCGAAAAAAUAUAUUGAAGCAAAAGACAGAAGCUUCUUUCCUUGAUGUCACAAUGGCAACAAACCUGUGAAGGUGUGAACACGGGAGGAGUGGGAAGCUACAUUUACGACAAUGCUUAACACGGAACACAGCACAUCACAGACACACAAUCAUUCUGUGGAGGCAAAAUAGCUUCUAUUUCAUAUGUCCUCACGACUGUCUUUAUUGCUCGAGCUGUCAUGUAUUAUUAGUGUGGAAAGUCUGACUGUAGGACAAAGAUCUUGUUCUAUUUGGAGAUCUGCCGAAUGUUUAAAUAAUUUUAUACAGUAAGACUUUGAUGGUAAGACACAACUAAAUCUGUCAAAUAAAUGCCAAAAAUCAUUAUGCCUUUAAAUGUUCCUUCUCAUCAACCUGUAGGUGGGGACAUCUGUCAGUUCCGAACACAGUUUGAACAUUUAAAUAGGCAAUCAAAUGUUUUUAAUUUAAAAGGUAAUAAAAUAAAAACAUUGCGGCGAUGUACUGAUGUUGCUAAUUAUGGGGUGCAACUAAACUAGCACUACUAAGGAGCCACAAAUGUAUGAAUAAAAAAACUUUUCCAAUAUCA